AAGUAGGUGAACGAUUACUUUUUAAAUUAUUUGUGCUUUACUUUUUCACCUCGUUGAACACACAAUCAUUACAUUUUAUCGUUCUUUCCUGUUGCAGUCACGAGUAAAAGUUGUUACACACUAACAUUGGUAUAAUUUAUAUCGUAAAAGGAAUUUGAUUUGAUUUUAAAAUGUCUGAGAAGCAUUUACAAACCGGUGAUGUUCUACCUCAAUAUAGUGGAAAAUUGCGCCUUUUCGCAAUGAGAUUCUGCCCUUACGCUGAAAGAAGUGUUUUAGUCUUGAAUGCUAAAAAUUUGCAGUAUGAUUUAGUGUUUAUAAAUUUGGAUCAUAAACCAGAAUGGUUAUUUAACUUCAGCCCCAAAGGUACUGUGCCAGCACUAGAGUAUGAGCAAGGCAAAGCAAUAUUUGAUAGCAACAUCAUCAAUGUGUACUUGGAUGAAAAAUAUCCAGAUGUGCCAUUACAAUCUUCUGACCCACUUCGCAGAGCUCAAGACAAAUUGGUGGUUGAGAACUUCUCUGCUGCUCAAUCAGCAUAUUACACAGCUGCCUUCAAUGCACCAGCCCUGCAGCCCUCCAUGGUUGAGAACUAUCACAAAGGAUUGAAUGGACUACAAAAGGAAUUAGAGACACGCGGUACUAAAUAUUUGAAUGGAAAUGAGCCUGGUUUAGUUGAUUACACAAUUUGGCCUUUCUUGGAACGUUUUGAGGCUCUUCCUUUGCUUGGUAAAUCAGAAUUUGCAAUUGACAAGACCAAGUAUGGAAUUUUAACAACCUAUAUUGAGGCAAUGAAAAAUGUGCCUGCUGUUAGAGCUUAUCGUCUAGCUCCAGAGACUCAUGCUAAGUUCACUGAAUCACGAGCUAAAGGUGACCCUGAUUACAACAUGCUGGAUUCAAGUGAUGUUUGCUGUAUGCGUCCCAGGAAGAAGAAGGAAUAUAUCAGUGCCCCCACCAUAAUAUUUGAAAUGAUAAUAUCAACAUUUAGCUUCGCAGUUCAUGUUUUAAUGACGUCGUUUAGAGUGCUUAGACCAGUAGCUCGUUUACUAGGAUACGCGUCUUACCAAACCAUGGCUACCAAAGCGGUCAAGGGCAAUGUCAACUUCAAUACAAGACACUUGGCUAAAGGUGAUCCGCUUCCUCCAUACAAUGGCAAAUUGCGUAUUUACAACAUGAGAUAUUGUCCGUACGCGCAACGGACUAUACUAGCAUUGAAUGCCAAACAGAUUGAUUACGAGGUUGUCAACAUUAACCUAGUAAACAAACCGGAAUGGUUGCCCACCAAAAGUGCAUUUGGUAAAGUGCCCGCUUUGGAAAUCGAAGAUGGAGUAAGUAUCUACGAAAGUUUGGUGACCGUGGAGUACUUGGAUGAUGUAUAUCCACAAAGGCCACUAAUACCCAAAGAUCCGGUGAAGAAAGCUUUUGACAAAAUUAUAAUCGAAGCUAUAGGACCCAUUUCUGCGAUCUUCUACAAGCUAUUAAGAAGUCCAGAUUCCAUAGUUGAAGAUAACUUCACUGCGUACUAUAAGGCGUUAGAUUUUAUUGAGGAGCAAUUAAGAAAAAGAGGCACUAAAUUCUUGGACGGUGAUCAACCUGGUUAUGUUGAUUACAUGAUUUGGCCCUGGUUCGAAAGGAUUUUACAAUUGGAUUUGGAUGAAAGAAUUAAAAUAAGAGAAGAAAGGUAUAAGUUACUGGUGCCGUAUUUCAACCGAAUGUUUGAAGAUCCCGCUGUUAGUCAAUACCUAAUUCCUGCUGAAAUAUUGCGAAAGUUUUUGAGCGCCUAUACAUCGGGAGAUUUAAAUAGCAUUAAUUACGAUUUACUGUUGACUGAAAAUUAACUUACUUGUUCUUGAUAGUUCAACUAUUUUUUUUUAAUCAUUAUAGAUUGGCAUAAGACCACAUUAUAUUUAUUAUUACUGUAAGACUAUGUUAUUUUGUUAAUAUUUAUUUUACUUCAUCUAGGUUGCUGAUAGAAAGCAUUGUUUAGUGAUAAGGUUCUCUUGUGUCUACAGACAGAUAUAUAAAAUAUUUUUAUGGUAAGAUAAAAACCGAAGAUACAGUUGUUAUGUUCAAUUAAUACACCAUAAGAAAACAAUAAAAUAAAUUUAGUUUAUAAACUA